AUGUCGCAAGAGUCGAAACCCACCGACCCGGUCAAGGAGGAGGCUGCCGAGGAGCUGCGCGAGGCCAUCGCCGCCGGCAAGCAGCCCGAGGUCGAGUCCGAGGAAGACGAUGCGCCCGAGGAUGCUACCGCCGACGCUGGCGCCGCGGCCGGGAGCUCGUCCAAGAAGAAGAAGUCCAAGAGGAAGAAGGUCAAGGCCGCGCUCUCGGGCCUGACGGGCAAGUCCGCCGACCCCCAGGCCGACCUCAAGAAGGCCAUCACGAACCUGCCCCCGGCCCAGCUCGCCGAGCUGAUGAAGCUCAACCCUGCCCUGGCCGAGGAGAUCUCCAAGGCCCAGGCCGAGGGAUCUGCUUCUGGUGACCCCGACGCCUCUGCCCUCGAGGCCCUGAAGCGGCUCAACCUGCAAGACAUCAUGACGGGGCUGGCGACGAGCGGCAAGAACAUCAAGGACAUGGCGAGCUACAAGUUCUGGGCGACGCAGCCCGUGCCCAGGUUCGGCGAGGAGCCCUCGGCUCCGAUCGAGGAGGGCCCCUUCAAGAUUCAAAAGGUCGAGGACGUACCCAAGGAGCCGUCCAAGCUCGUCGACGGGUUCGAGUGGGACUUCCUUGACCUCACGGAUAGCAAGCAGCUCGAAGAGGUGUACGACCUGCUGUCGGGUCACUUUGUCGAGGACGACGAGGCCAUGUUCCGGUUCAGGUACUCGACCGCCAUCCUGAAGUGGGCCAUGAUGUCUCCCGGGUGGAAGAAGCAGUGGCACCGCGGCGUGCGCGCGACCCAGUCCAAGAAACUCGUCGCAUUCAUCGCCGCCAUCCCCCUGGAGCUCCGGGUGCGCAAGAACACCCUGCACGCCUCAGAGGUCAACUUCAUGGUCGUGCACAAGAAGCUGCGCUCCAAGCGCCUGGCGCCCGUCCUGAUCAAGGAGAUCACCCGCCUGUGCAACGUCGACGAGGUCUGGCAGGCCAUCUACACCGGCGGUGUCGUCCUGCCGAGGCCGGUCAGCACGUGCAGGUACUUCCACCGCGCCAUCAACUGGCAGAAGCUCUGGGAGGUCGGCUUCAGCCCGCUGCCGCCCAACAGCAAGCCCCAGUACCAAGUGCGCAAGUACGCACUGCCCGACCAGACCGCCAUCCGGGGUCUGCGCGAGAUGGAGGCCAAGGACAUCGAGCCCGUGCAGGAUCUCCUCAUGAGGUACCUGAAGCGGUUCGACAUGUACCAAGAGUUUGACAGGGAGGAGGUGGAGCACUGGUUCCUCCACAAGAAGGACUCGGGCGACGAGCAGGCCAUCUACACCUACGUUGUCGAGGAUUCAAACAAGAAAAUUACCGACUUCUUCUCCUUCUAUGCCCUGGACUCGUCGGUCAUCAACAACCCGAAGCACGACGUGAUCCACGCCGCCUACCUCUUCUACUACGCCACCGAGGUCGGUCUGACCACGCCGGUGGACAAGACCGCCCUCAAGACGCGCCUCAACGCCCUCGUCUCGGACGCGCUGAUCCUGGCCAAGCGCUUCAAGUUUGACGUCUUCAACGCCUUGUCUCUGAUGGACAACGCGCUCUUCCUGGAGCAGCAAAAGUUUGGCCCCGGCGACGGCCAGCUGCACUACUACCUCUUCAACUACAACGCCAACCCCAUAGCCGGCGGCGUCAACAAGAGGAACCAGCUGGACGAGGAUGGGCUGAGCGGUAUCGGCUAUGUUAUGAUGUAG